AUGGAAAGAGAAAGAGUCAUCACAUUGAAUGAUCAAUCGAGUAGUAGAUUGUUGUACACUAAUCCUGUUUGCUUGUUAACUGUCAAUGAUACACAAUCAAAUCAAUCAAAUUGUAUGACUAUAUCAUGGCUAACUGCAAUAGACAACUAUGGUAAUUUCAUGUGUUCAAUGAAUAAGAAUAGAUAUACUGCCUCUAUUCUACUUAAAACAAAAGAGUUUGUAUUAAGUGUACCAGUAAAAGGAAUGGAAAAUCAAGUAUUGGCAAUAGGUGGAUGUAGUGGAAGACAUGGUAAUAAGUUUAGAAAGUUAAAUAUUCCUACUUGUAAACCUGGUUGGUUACCUUUUGAUCAUAAUAAUAAUAUAAAUAAUAAUAAUAAUAAUAAUAAUAAUAAUAAUAAUAAUAAUAAUAAUAAUAAUAAUAAUAAUAAUAUAGAUAAUGAUAAUAUUGCAAUAUCUAAUUGUGUUGCACAUAUGGUUUGUAAAGUUACAAGUAUAUUAUCACCAAUUGAUUCCGUGUCGAUGGGUACAUCCAACAAUACUACGACUACUACUACUGGUCAAGAAAAGGAUGAUACCACCACCAAUACAACAACAACAACUACUACAACAACAACCAAUAGCCAUACAAAAGAAGAGGAUUCGGAAGGAUCAUCUUCAUCUUCAUCUUCAUCUUUACCAUUGAAUGCCAACGAUCAUACACAUGGACACUAUCUAUUCUUGUGCAAGAUCCAACAAUCAUAUGUCAAGGAAUCGUAUUGGAAUGGUAAACAAUUUGCUCCUACUCGACCGAAUGUACCACCCUAUCUUACAUUCCUCGGUUCUCAAACUUUUGCCUAUCAAGCAAAGAUGAUGUUUCAAGAUUCUUCUUCAUCAUCAAUAUCGAUAUCAAUAUCAUUAUCACCAAAUUUGUCUGUACAUCAAGAAGAUGUAUCAUCAGUUAAUGAUGGUCCACCCCAAGAUCAUCGUGAUCUAAAACGGAUGCAUUCAAACGAUGAAGAUGAUGAUAAUGAUAAUGAUAACAAUGGUUAUGAUGAUGGUGAGGAUGGUGAUGAUUACCAACUACCACCACCAAUCAAACAACAUCAACAACAACAAAAUAAUAAUAAUAAUAAUAAUAACAACCAAAAGAAGAAGAAGAAUAUGCAUCAUAGAAGAGCAAAAAAGAAGAAAAAGAAUAAUAAUGCUAUUAAUAUUAAUGAUCAUAUUGAUCACAUGAAUCAAUUAAUGAUGGAUGAACCAAUACUUACAACUGCCGCCCCGAUACUUUCAACAUUUAUAAACACACCAUCACCAUCACCAUCACCAUCAUCACAAGGUACACCAUCUACACCUGUUCAAACUACGACGACUACUACAACAACAUCUGAUAUGGGACCACCACCACCACCACCACCAACAUCACCGUCACCAUCAAUGGAUAAUCAAAGACACCACUCGUUUCCAUUUGUAUUUGGUACUCCACCAUCGUCUAUGAGACCUUCAUCUCCUUUGAUUCGUCCUCCUCCACCUCCUACUCGGCCCUAUCCUCAUCCACCCGCUCCUCCCCCACCUCGAAUCAAACGAUCCAUAUCAUCACCAAUGAAAUUUGGAAAUAACAAUAAUAAUGACAAUAGUAAUAAUAAUAAUGAUAGGAACCAACUUCUCAACAAAGAAUAUUAUUCAAAUCAUUGGACCAAUGGAUUCAAUUCUGUAAAUAAUACCAACAAUAACAAUAAUAUUGAUAAUAAUAAUAAUAACAAUAAUAGUAUUAUAAUCGAUCAAUCUUUAAAGAUUCACAGUCAAUUUCAUAUGAAAUUUUCAAAUCAAAGAGUUUUACCUAAAUCAAUACCUUUCCUAAAUGUAAAUAAUCCAAAGAAAUAUGUUAGAUCAUUUAUUUGGAAUAUCUUUUUUUGUUCACCAACUCGAUACUAUGGACAAUGUACAUUUGGAAAAGGGUUACCACGAUGUUGUAGUGACCACGGUAGGAGGAAUAAUAAUAAUAACAAUAUUAUUACCUCGACCACAACAGUGAAUGAUAAACACUACUAUGCUAAAUUGAUAAAAGGUGUAAAGUUGAAAAGAUGUCAUACCUUUCUUGUUCCCAUCUUUACAAGAAUCCUCACAAAAUUUAAAAACUAUCCCUAUCAAAGCAUACUACACGCAGUAUUGGAAAGAAGUGAAUCAGAACAAUUGAAAAAGGAUCAAAGUGAAGAAUCCGAAUUAUAUCAAAGUAGCGAAUCAGAUGAUGAUGAAGAAUCAAAUGGAUCAGAUGAAUUAGACGAUGAAAUGGAUUUAAAAGAAGAUGAUGAUGAAGAUAAAGAUGAAGAAAAGAACAAAGUGGAAGAAGAUGAUGAAGAGAUGAGAAGAUUUUUUGAUGAUUUAUCAGAUACUGAUAUUGCACAAUCACCACCACAAUCUGUUAAUAUAAGUCUUGAUUCUAUUAAAGAAGAAGAGGAUGAUGAAGAAAAAGAGGAAAUAGAUGAAAAAGAAGAUAAGAAAAUGGAAGAACAAAAGAUACAACCACCUCAACCACAACCACCACCACCAGUAUCAGCGUCACAAAUCAAUUUAGGAAGUUAUAUUAGUAAAGUAGUUGAUAUUAGUAAUAUCUAUUUAUUCCUUGCAGUCAUUAUCAAAAGAAUCAUUCCAAUUCAAGUAUGGGGAUCAGAUUACAACUUGACUGCAUUUAAAAAAACACUCAAAAUCUAUUUAAAAGCAAGACAUGAAAUAGAAUUAAUUAGUUUUACAAGUUUAUUUAAUGUUGAAGAAUUUAUUUUAAGAGAUUUAAAUAGUUUAAAUAGAUUUUUAUGGUGGAUGUAUGAAGAGGUGAUUCCAUCAAUCAUAUCCAACCACUUUUAUUGUACAGAUGAUUCCAAUUCAAAGGUCUCUCGGUUCUAUCUAAAGAAACAUUGGCUUGAAUUAACUCAUUUACAAUUAAAUGCUUUACAAAAUUAUAUUUAUUAUCCAAUUCCAGUAUGUCAAAUUAAAAGAAUAAUGAAGAAAGAUAGAGAGAAAUUAAAUUAUGAAUAUUUAAAAUCUAAAAAGACUUCGAUACCAAGUUUAAGAUUCCUUCCAAAACCAACUUCACUUCGUCCAAUUAUUAACUUUUCAAAAUCUAAACAACAUUUAAAUAUUAAAAAGAUUAGUGAUUUAGAUGGUGGCGUCGGUGAUGUCACUUCCUCUACCUCUACCUCUACCUCUUCGAUGGUACAAUUAAAAUACACAAAAUCAGUAGCAGAUGAAUUAAAAGAUGCCUUUUUUGUACUACGUUAUGAAACAAAGGAAAAGAAUCAUUUGAUAUCAACCUGUGUCACAACACCUCAACAAAUUCAUAAAAGACUAUUGGAUAUCAAACAUAAAUACCUAGAACUACGUGAUAAAUUAGAUGUACAAGAACAAGACAAAAGAUUAUAUGUUGUUUCAAUGGACAUUAACAAAUGUUUUGAUACUCUAAAACCUUCAAAACUUUAUCAAAUUAUUGAAAAAGAAGUUAUUACAAAUACAAAAUAUAGAAUAGUAUCAUUUGUUUAUCAAAUUCAAAGAAAGGCUUUUCCAUGUGGACAAGAUGGUGAAUUAACACAACUUGGAAAAGAAAAACAAAAACAAUUAAAACAAGAAAUGGAAUCUAAAAAUAUUAAAAUUUUCUCUAUUAAUCAAGGAAAAAUAAUAUCAAGACAUCAAGUUUUAAGAUCUCUUAAAGAAUUUAUAUUUAGAACUAUUGUUAAAUAUGGUAAUCAAUAUUUCUUUCAAGUUCAAGGUAUUGCCCAAGGAUGUAUUAUAUCACCUUUACUUUGUAAUAUUAUACUUGGACAUUUGGAUACCAACUUUCUUCUUCCCAAUAUCAUGGCAAAUGACACUACACCAAAUACACUCAAUGAAAUGAUGAGAUACAUGGAUGAUUAUAUCUUUAUCACUACAUCUUAUAAAAAUGCAAUCUUUUUUAAAUAUCUUUUAUCAUCUAAAGAAUCAAUCGAUCAAUAUGGUGUUAAAACAAAUCCUCUCAAAGGAAAUCAAUUUUUUCCAUGUAAUACUGAAGAAAACAAAGGUUUAAUUCAAAUUGGUUAUGAUUCAUAUAUACCAUGGUGUGGAAAUUUAAUUAAUGUUCAAUCUUUGGCAGUUUUAUGUGACUAUGGUCAUAAUUUAAAUGGAAAUGGUGGUAGAAAAGUAAUGGAUAUUUUAUUAUUUAAUUAUUUACAAUCAAUUGAUUGGGAAACCAAUUUAUUAAAUUUCCUUUCCAAAUUUUUAAAAGUUAAAUUACAUAAUCUUUAUAUUGAUUCAUCAUUAAAUGCAUCAGCUGAAAUUAGACAUUUAAAUAUAUUUAGAUUGUUUUUGUUUAUGGCCAUUUUGUCAUAUUCUUGGUUUAAUGUUUACCAACAAAAGGUUUAUUUUGCUAUCAACAAUGCUAUGUCGUUGUUGGAACUCGAUCAAAAAGAUAAAAACAAACAAAGAGACCAAUAUUUUUCAACCAAAUUGAAAUUUAUAGCUACACAAAUAUGUCAUCAAGCAUUUGUUACCUAUAAAAGAAAGACCAUCACACUUGACCAAAAGUUAAUGAUUUCAGAAAAAGAAUUUACAUUUUUAUGUCUCAAAGCAUUUAUAAUAAUAUUAAGUAAAAAGAAUAGAAUCAAUCAAUAUUAUCAUAAUCAACAAGAAAAAGAAAAAGAAACAUUGCCCUCUUUGGAUGGUACUAGAGUUUUAAAAAAAAACAAUAACAUAGAUAAUAAUAGUAAUAAUAAUAAUAGUCAGUCAACUCAACUCAACUUAUCUUGUAUUAUAUUUGGUACUAGUGAGAAGAAGUUAGUAGAAGUAGAAGAAGAGAAGAAGAAGUUAGUAGUACGAGACUUCUAUCAAAUCAUAAUUAAUAAUAAUAGUAAUAAUAAUAAUAGUAUCAUAAUCACGUCAUCAGCAGCAAAUAAUAUAAUGAUUCAAAAUCAAUUAACAUCAUCAACAUCAUCAUUGCAACAACCACAACAACAACAACAAAUUUAUAAUAUUAAUAAUCUAAAUAAUAAUAAUAACAACAAUACUAUUGUACAAACAGCUACACCAUUAAGUUUAUCCGAUGAGUUAAACAGAUAUACUCCACCACCUCAAUCAAUACCAAAGAGAUCAAGAUAUGAAGAAGACUUUUACGAAGGUGAAAGAAUAGGAAGAGGAGGAUAUGGAUCGGUAUUUAAGGUACAAAAUAGAUUAGAUGGACUCAAUUAUGCAUUGAAAAAGAUUCCAUUUAAGAAUACUUCACAGACAUUUCUCGAAAAGGUACUUCGAGAGGUUAAAACUCUUGCUUCUCUGAAUCAUGUAAAUAUUGUCAGAUAUCACUCUGCCUGGCUUGAAACCGAUGAUAAUCCAAUCAUUCUUUCAUCAUCUACCAAUGGCAAUAAUAAUAUUAAUAAUAAUAACAAUAAUAAUAAUAAUAAUAAUAAUCAAUCUUUUCAACAACAACACCAACAAUAUAAUGGAAAGAAUCAAAUAAUUGAUGGAUUUUGGGGAACUGAUGAUGGUUCAACACUUGAAAUCGAUACAUCAAAAACCUAUGAUAACAACAAUAAUAAUUCAAAUAUCAAUGGUUGUAAAAGUAAUCAAAUCAAAAACAGUAAAAACUUUAAAACCAACAAAAAAGUACAAUUAAAUAUAGAUCAAGAAGAAGAUGAUGAAGAGGAAUCAUCAAGUGAAGACGAAGAUCAUUUCUUAUUGGAAGAUGAUGAAGACCAAGUUGUUCAAGAAGAUGAAGAUUUUGAUGAUUCAUUAAAUCGAUUACAAUUCCCACCAUCAUUUGAAGAGUUGAAUCUAUUUCAAAGAAAUACCAAACCAGAAUCAUUAAAGAUUAUGAAAAAGAAAAAGAAUGGUGCUGGUGGUUAUUGUUUGGAUGAUUCUGAUAGUGAAGACGAUUCAAUGACCAAUGGAAAGGGAUUGUUUAGAACACCCAAACAACACUUUACCAGUUUUAGUUUGGACGAAGAUUCAGAGUCUAGCCAAGAAGAGUCAGAUGAUUAUUCAGACUCUGGCUACAACUCUGAUUCUUCGGCCGGUGAAGAAGAAGAGUCGACAGCAGGUAACAACUAUCUUUUGCCCACUCUCCCCAAGUCCACUACACCACCCAUUUCCAUGCCAUCACGUAGCAGCAACAAGCAGCAAUCACCACCCAAAUCAUUGAAUAAUUCCAUGUCGGGUAUCACCCAGCGCAUAACUACUCUUUUUAUCGUUAUGCAAUUGUAUAGCCAAACUCUUUCGCAGUGGUUGGAGAAUCGUUCACCCGAUCGUAUCAACCAACAGGAAAACCUUUUUAUUUUCAAACAGAUAUGCAAUGGACUAAAGUACAUUCACUCCAAGGGCAUCAUCCAUCGAGAUUUAAAGCCCGGUAACAUCUUUCUCAGUCGCACCGAUCAGCCUGGUGGCGGAUGCGGUUCCUCUGACUCGUCUGACCCCUCCUCGCCCGAGGGUGAGAUUCUCGUGUCGCUCGGUGACUAUGGCUUGGCAACUACCACCAUCUCACCCACUCCCUCGCCUACCCCUACCUCUACUCCUUCCCUUCAGCCAAUCAAUCAUCACCAAAUCCAAGCCGUGUUGGCUCAACAACAACAAUUGAAUCAACAACAAAUGUUACUUGCUCAACAAUCUUUGUUAUUGUCACAGUCUCAAUCGUCUCAGUCUCAAUCACAAUCAUCAUCAGCAAGUUCAUCAUUGGCAUCAUCAUUGGAUAAUGGUACACAGAGUAAUAACAAUGGUACAGUUUCGAGUGCAUCCCCACUGCCUCAACCAACCCCUCAACCAAUUAUUUCUAGCUCCUCAUCAUCUGUUCCACCCACACCACCAUCCUCCUCGCUCAGCCGUUCAUCAGAGCAUCGCAAACACACUAGUGCCGUCGGUACAUUGACCUACAGCAGUCCAGAACAAAAAAAGGGACUCUACAAUGAAAAGACUGACAUUUUUAGUUUGGGUAUCAUCUUGUUUGAAUUGUACCAUCCCUUUUCAACAAAGAUGGAAAAGUCAAAGGUUUUGGCCGACCUUCGUGCAGGUGUCUUUCCCUCGUCGUUUCAAAGUCGUUAUCCAAAGGAAGCCGAUUUAAUCAAAUGGAUGAUGAAGACCAACCCUGACGAGCGUCCCUCUGCCUGUGACGUGCUCAAGAGCGAACUUUUCCAAGGAUCACUCUCAAAGGAUGAAAUGGAGCUUUUGAUCAAACAACAACAAUCAAUCAUCGAACAAUUAAAGCAGGAAUUGAAUCAAUUAAAGUCCCCUUUAAUUACUUCAAUGAAUCACCACAACUUUUUUGUUCCUGAAUUGGUACAUUAUUGUAUUGAUGUUGUGUUAGUAGUGCGUGAUUGGAGACACAGUGUCUGCGUUGGUGAAAAGUUGUGGAGAGGAUUGGUAGAUGGUUCCUCUAUCAUUCUUGAGAGUCUCGAGGCAAGAAUGGCUGUAUACAUAAAGACAGUUCCUCCAAGUCAUCAGUUCGGAGAAAAGAUAGAUGCAUCCAUUCAAGAGACGGAGAAUAUGGUUAUAAAAUCUACCUGCUAG